AUGGAGUCGAUUCAGCAGAGGCCGCAGGAGGGGAGCGGGAGCAUGGGCCGAGAUGGGCAGAAGGAGAGGUGCAGCGCCUUCCAGAUGCCGCUGCACUACCCGAGGUACAAGGAGGCCGACUACCAGGCCAUGCCCGAGUGGAGAAUCGACUGCCUCCUCCGCGAGUAUGGUCUCCCCGUCACCGGAGACCUCGCCGACAAGCGGAAGUUCGCCAUCGGCGCCUUCGUCUGGCCUUCCCACUGA